AUGCGGUCUCGUUCCCCGGUUGGCGCGCAGGGUGGCCGUUGGGGCCGGCUGGGUGACGUUGGAGCGACGCAGGGAGGGGGACGGCGAGCCGCGAGGCCGCCACGCGGGAGAGGCCGCCGGGUGGCCACGCUGGGGCGAAGGCCGGAGGCCAAAUCGGUCCACCGGGCCAGGAGUACCUGGGCCGUUGAGCACCGGGAAGCUUGCGGCCACCUGAUUGGCAUCCAGGAUGGGUAUCUAUCACUGCUCCAAGACAGUGGGGAGGUACGGGAGGACCUUCGUCUGCCUGAGGGAGACCUUGGCAAGGAGAUUGAGCAGAAGUAUGACUGUGGAGAAGAGAUCCUGAUCACAGUGCUGUCUGCCAUGACAGAGGAGGCAGCUGUUGCAAUCAAGGCCAUGGCAAAAUAA